AUGGACACGGAGUCUAUAGUCGGCCAGAAAGUGGUUAUGAAUUGUGUGGCCAGCGGUCAGAGUAGGGUCUGGUGGGAGCGAUCGGAAUUGGCCGACGGACAUUUGCGCACGGUCAUUUCAAAUUCGCAUAUGCACACCAUGGAAAAUGGCAGUUUGACCAUCAAUGAUGUUACCCCGGAUGACGAGGGUGUCUACUUGUGUCAGGCCAAUAAUGGUGUGGGCAGUGGCCUGAGUAAAUUGGUCCAGCUCAAAGUGCACGUUGGGGCUCAUUUCAAGAGCAAAUUUGGGUCGCAAACCGUCACUAAAGGACAGGACGUAUGGAUUGAGUGCCUAUCAUAUGGCGAGAGGCCGAUAGCCGUCGCCCUAACCAGAGAUGGCCAGCCGUUUGACGCCGGCGUCGAAAACCGGUAUCAAGUGAUCCGUAACGAGACGUCAGGUGUGGACGCCGUGUGGCUGAGGAUACAUAUACUCGAUGCAGUUCAAUGCUCGACUCCUGGGGCCAGACCUGUGCCGACACUUCUGACCACUCGGUCUCGUAUUUAG